AGGAGCAGGAGAGACGGAGGGAGGAUCACUGUAACGGAUACUUACAUCUUCUGCUUUACUCUACACAGGAGAUGAAACCCGCAUUUUAAACACAACAAAAACUUCACUCCAGCCCAAGAUGACGGUGGAUUUUGAAGACUGUAUUAAAGAUUCACCCCGGUUUAGGGCAAAUAUUGAUGAGGUGGAGACGGAGGUUGUGGAGAUUGAGGCGAAACUAGAUAAGCUGGUGAAGCUAUGCAGUGGGAUGAUUGAAGCGGGGAAGGCGUAUGUCAGCGCCAACAAGCUCUUCGUCAACGGCAUCCGGGAUCUGUCUCAGCAGUGCAAGAAGGAUGAAAUGAUCUCGGAGUGCCUGGAAAAGUGCGGGGAAAGCCUCCAGGAAAUCAUCAACUACCACAUGAUACUGUUUGAUCAAGCUCAGCGGUCUGUAAAGCAGCAGUUGCACAACUUUGUGAAAGAGGAUGUACGGAAGUUCAAGGAGACCAAGAAGCACUUUGAUAGGGUGCGUGAGGAUAUGGAGAUUGCCCAGGUGAAGAACGCUCAGGCUCCGAGGAACAAGCCUCACGAGGUAGAAGAAGCCACCAGCUCGCUCAGCAUCACCCGCAAGUGCUUCAGACACCUCGCUCUGGACUACGUUCUACAGAUCAACGUCCUCCAGGCGAAGAAGAAAUUUGAGAUCCUAGAUGCUAUGCUGUCAUUCAUGCACGCCCAGUACUCGCUGUUCCAGCAGGGCUACAACCUGCUGGAUGAGAUCGACCCGUACAUGAAGAAACUGGCUGCUGAGCUGGAUCAGCUGGUGAUUGAUUCAGCCAUGGAGAAGAGGGAAAUGGAGCAUAAACAUGCAACUAUUCAGCAAAGGACCCUCAUGCAGGACUUCUCUUAUGACGACACCAAGGUGGAGUUCAAUGUGGACGCUCCUAAUGGUGUGGUGAUGGAGGGCUACCUGUUCAAGAGGGCCAGCAAUGCCUUUAAGACCUGGAACAGGCGGUGGUUCUCCAUACAGAACAGUCAGCUGGUCUAUCAGAAGAAGCUCAAGGACUCUCUGACAGUGGUGGUGGAAGACCUCCGGCUGUGCUCUGUUAAACCAUGUGAGGACAUCGAGAGGAGGUUCUGCUUUGAGGUCGUCUCCCCCUCCAAGAGCUGUAUGCUUCAGGCUGAGUCUGAGAAGCUAAGACAAGCGUGGAUUCAGGCAGUUCAAGCUAGCAUCGCCUCAGCCUACAGAGAGAGCCCAGACACCUGCUAUAUAGAGCAUCUGGACAGAACAGCCUCCCCGUCCACCAGCAGCAUCGAUUCAGCCAGUGAGCCGCGGGAGCGCAGCGCCCGAGGGGAGACCAUCCUGCAGCGGAUCCAGUGUCUGCCGGGGAACGAGCAGUGCUGUGACUGCGGACAGGCAGACCCUCGCUGGGCCUCAAUCAACCUGGGCAUCUUGCUGUGUAUCGAGUGCUCCGGCAUCCACAGGAGUCUCGGAGUUCACUGUUCGAAGGUGCGCUCACUCACACUGGACUCAUGGGAACCAGAAUUAUUAAAGUUAAUGUGUGAGCUUGGAAACAGCGUCAUCAACCACAUCUAUGAAGGCUCAUACCAAGAACAAGGUCUGAAGAAACCGUUACCAUCCAGCUCAAGGCAGGAAAAAGAGGCUUGGAUUAAGGCAAAGUAUGUAGAGAAGAAAUUCCUGAAGAAGCUCGGCUCCACAGAGAUACUGAUUAAUGGAGAGAGGAAGUCGGAGCGGCGGUGGAGCGUAAAAAAGUGUCGGAGGCACAACAGCGCUACCACAGUACCCAAAACACGGCGAAGAUAUCGGCAAGAGCCCGGAAGCGUCUCCCCAUCCACCCUCUCCUCAGCUGCUGCUAAAUUCAGACGAGACUCCCUGUUUUGUCCCGAUGAGCUGGACUCUCUCUUCUCCUACUUUGAUACAGGAUCUGGACCUCGAAGUCCGGCAGGCCUAAGCAGUGACAGCGGGUUGGGAGGCAGCACAGACGGCAGCACAGACAUUCUGGUGUUUGGCUCGGUGGUGGACAGCGUCACAGAGGAGGAGUGUGAGGUGUCAGAGGACUCGAGUGGCGAGGCUGAGCUGGAGGCCGAGCCGGAGACGUCAGACCCGGAGGACAUGAGGGAUCUUCAUCCUGGGGCGCUGCUCUACAAAGCCUCGAAAGCACGCAACCUGCCUGUCAUGGCUGAAGCACUAGCCCAUGGAGCCGACGUCAAUCUGGUCAACGAGGAGGAUGAAGGAAAGACGCCCCUCAUACAGGCUGUCAUCGGGGGUUCAUUGAUAGCCUGUGAGUUCCUGCUGCAGAACGCUGCUGAUGUCAAUCAAAGAGACGCGAGAGGGCGGGGCCCCCUGCAUCAUGCCACAUAUCUGGGACACACAGGGCAGGUGUGUUUAUUCCUGAAAAGAGGAGCCACACAGAAUGACGGGGAUGAAGACGGCCAGGAUCCUUUGAGUAUAGCUGUACAGCAGGCCAAUGCAGAUAUAGUCACACUGCUGCGUCUGGCCAGGAUGAACGAGGAGAUGCGGGAGUCGGAGGGACCCUUUGGUCAACCAGGAGACGCCACAUACCUCGACAUCUUCCGAGAAUUUUCCCACAUGGCAUCGCACAACCCAGAGAAGCUGAAACGGAGGAGUGUGCACUUCCGACACUCCUUCAGGUAGUCCGCCAAGCGUCUACAGAGGAAGACAUACUUGAAAAGUGCAGUAGCCACUUUCCAAACGCAGUCACAAGUGAUCCUGAGCUCCAUGUUUUGAACCACUAGUUGGAGAAACCUGAUUCUGUACUCCGUUACCCUACCUACACAGUGGAUUUAGUGGAAGACAUUUUUUUUUUUUUUUUUGGAUGCUGUUGUUGUUUUGUUUAGGAUAGCUGCAUUAUAUCUGCAAGAAUCAUGUGCUGUUCUCAGAUCAACCAGUUGUUUUGAUAGGAAUGUGUUCUGUGAGGAUUUGCUGGUCUUUUCCUCUUAUAUGCAUAUAUAAAUAAAGCAUUUUUGUACAGUGUUAGAUGGAUAAAAAAUACCAAGCACUUGUUUUGUUUCUUUUUUUUUUUUGUAUAAACCAUGAUUUGUUUGCUGUCAUCAGUUUCAUAAAUGGUUGAAGGAAGUUCAUCAAUGCUUUACAGUAUAUUAAUGUUUUUUUCUGUAUGUGUAAUGCAUGCAUUUACUCUCAUUAUAUUUCAUACUUAAACUUGAAUUCUGCUAUGUCUGUAAGGCUAAAAAGUGUCAUAUCAUCAUUAGUUAUCAGCAUCACCAGUCCAACAUCUUGAACUCGCAGUGUUAUCUCUCUUGAUGGAUAGUUUAUUUUGAUAUGAAAUGUGUUAUUUUGCAUCGACUAUGCUGGUAUAGUCUCGGUGAUAAAUAAUUUUUGUUUAAAUGUACUUUGCAGUACCACUAUGAAAUGCAGUGCUUAUGAUGCUGUUUACAUGCUGUAGAGGCAAAAAUGCUAAUAUAUCUGAAUGAACAGGAGUACUGAUGAAAGAUGUAUUAAAAUAAACAUUG